UUCUUUGUCAAUUAAAACACACAUUUAUAUCAGUAAUAUAAUCAGUCCAGUCAAAUCAAAAUCAUUGAGACAAGAUGAAUGGAUGUGAAAAAUGAACCAUCAUAGUCUGUUAAAUAUGAGAAGACAAAAUGAGACGACGGAAUUUGAAUUAUCUAAUUGACUGUUCAACAUUGAAACGACUCGAUUGACAAACUUUGAAAAUUGAACCUAAUAAAUGAAAGUGAUGAGAUUCAAAGUAUUGUCAAAAAUCUAAACAUUUUUCAUUCAUCAUUUUGUCUAUCAAAUGAAACAUCGAAUUUCACUUGAAUCUUUGUGUAUAUAAAAGCCGAAAUUGAGUUUUGACUUCAAUGUGAGUUGUGUAUGUUUCCAGCUUCUACUUGAAAGUAUCUAAGAAUUUGUGAGGGAGAUUUAGAGUUGGUAUCAUAUUUACUGACCACUUGACUCGAAACUAUAUCAUGUCACAAAUGAAAUUAAUAAUCAUCACCUUAUUCUCAUUGAUGCUAUUCGAAGGAGUCAAGGCAGAGGAGAAUGAUGACGAUGAAAUCGUAGAAUACACAAGAAUUCGAAACAGUGACGAUACAGAAGACUCAAAAACCUGUGAUGAUAGCAGCAAAAACAAAAAGCGAAAUGGGAUAAACAAGACAAAGAAUAUUUCCAAGGAAGAACAAUCACGUGGUGAUGGUUCACGCAAGAAACGGUGCUAGUGGUCUGGUGAAUUAGAAAGAAAUAUGGUGCGAGAACUGUUGUACUCAUAAUUAUGUUUGUGAAAUGUUUUAAAAAUAUAAUGAUAACAAUACAAUUAGAAAAUCUUGAUAAUAAAGCAAAAGUCAUUUAAAG